AUGCAAGCGAUAGUGUGCGCCUUAUUGUUAGCUUUACUGUCGGCGGCGGCUGCUUACCACGAUCCACUUUACGUGCCCGGCCACAAUGUAAUAGUGCAUCUCUUCGAGUGGAAAUGGCUGGAUAUCGCGAAAGAGUGCGAAGAAUUCCUCGGUCCUAUAGGAUACGGUGGUGUCCAGGUGUCUCCGAUCCAAGAAAACGUAAUCAUUCCGUCUAGGCCGUGGUGGGAACGUUACCAGCCUAUGUCUUACAAAUUCGAGACGCGUUCAGGCACGAAGGCGCAAUUCAAGGAGAUGGUCGCGCGAUGCAACCGGGCCGGCGUGAGGGUCUACGUUGACGCGGUGUUCAACCACAUGACCGGCGAUUUCGAGCCGGCGCUUGGUACCGGCGGCUCGACAGCUGACACCCGCAAUCGUCUUUACUAUAAUGUGCCGUAUUCAUCGCAAGAUUUUCACAACCCGCCGUGCAACGUAAACAACUAUAAUGACCCGGUGAACGUGCGAAAUUGCGAGCUGGUCGGUCUGCACGAUCUCAAUCAAACGUCCGAGAACGUCCGUGAUACCAUCAUCGAUUUCUUGAAUAUGGCUAUCGACAUAGGUAUCGCUGGUUUCCGAAUAGACGCCGCGAAACACAUGUGGCCGAAUGAUCUGAAGGCGAUCUACGACAAUCUGCAGAAUGUCAAUCAGGAACAUAAUUUCUGGCCAAAUUCGCGACCUUACAUAUAUCAAGAAGUGAUCGAUUAUGACAACGAAGCGAUCAGUAGAUACGAAUACACCGAUUUGGCCGCGGUGACGGAAUUCCUGCACGGCCACGAACUGAGUAAGGCAUUUAAAGGGAACAAUAUGCUCAAGUGGUUCGUUAGCUGGGGAACUGAGUGGAAUUUAAUGAAAUCGAAGGACGCCCUGGUGUUCGUCGACAACCACGACACUCAACGUAACAACAACAAUAUUCUCAACUUCAAAACAUCGCGACCGUACAAGAUGGCAGUUGCCUUUAUGUUAGCGCAUAAUUACGGGAACCCACGUGUAAUGAGCUCCUUCAGUUUCGAAAACUUCAACCAAGGUCCACCAUCGGACAACAACGGCAAUAUACUGUCCCCAAUCAUCCAUCCCGACAAUACCUGCGGCAACGGCUGGAUCUGUGAGCACCGGUGGCGUCAAAUAUACAACAUGGUGAUCUUCCGCAACGCCGUCAACGGGACUACGGUCGACCACUGGUGGGACAACGGCGGCAAUCAGAUCGCUUUCUGUCGCGGUGAACGCGGAUUCGUUGCAUUCAACAAUGAAAAGUUCGAUCUCAGGGCGUCCCUGUUCACUUGCCUGGAAAGUGGGCUUUACUGCGACGUCAUUUCCGGGGAUCUGGUGAACGGAAAGUGCACCGGGAAAACCAUAAGAGUGAACGAGAGCCGCUACGCUGACGUAGAAAUUCGCACUUCGGACGAAGACGGUGUAAUUGCAACGCAUCACAAGAUGAAGAUUCCCGGAACAUCGUGAAGUUUCAGCAGACAUCUCAGUUGAAGAGAGAUGAAGAAAAAAUGGUCGUUGGAAAACUUUGUUGCUUCCUCGAUUAUAUUAUUAUCGCCAUAACAAAUAUGUUUACGUGAGAUAUGAUUAAAAAAGUAUUUUAUUAACCACUAAAAAUGGCUCUAUCUUGGAGUGAGAUUUCACUCGAGACGAAUGAAAAUUCGUUCAAAGCGAUAAUGAAAAUACCGAACAUAGCGAUGUUCGGUAUCGCUCGGAAUUGCAAAAGUGAAUGUUUCACUCAAGCUUAGAGUAGAUUCUCACUCUGUACAAGUAUUUCUAUUGAUUAAGUUCGAACGACUCAAUUGUUAUUCCACGUUUCAAAUGAAAUUUUAUUGUAAGAAAUUUAGAUAAUAGCGCACAUACACACAUCGCAAAAUGGCCUGAUUUAUUUAUCACCAUCUUAUUUCUCAUCCCCGAAUCCCGUGAAUUACAAUCCCACGUAUUCGCGCGAGUUAUUUAUCAUAACGAUUUAUUAUAUAUGUCGCUUAUACAUUGUAACGAUCGGUAAGAAAAUUAAACGGGGUAGAGCACGUGUGCUAUUUUUCAACAAGGUUUAUUUUAACAGAAACAAUGUACUGUUUGUUUUCCUCUUUUCACCAUUAAUUUCUACUAUAAUAUAUACAUGUGAUAUGACAGUUAAAUUGUAAGAUAAUACACGACAGACUCGCAAUGGAGAAAUAGAAAGAGUCGAAGGGAGAUCAGGUGAGAUGGGGUGUCGCAAAAUCGAUUGAUUUUAACGAAGCAAGGAGGGCGGGGAGGGGGAUGGAGCAGGGGAGAUCGAGAGGAUGAAUGGGGAGGAAACGGGUACACCGGAGGAUGAAUGGAGAAAAAUCUUGAGAUAUCACAAAAAUAAAUUGCCUUAUCGUCGGUUUUCGCCACCUUUCUCGAACUCUCUUUUAAUCCGUUAUGCAAUUAAGUAAAUCCUUCGCCAAGAGAAUCCGUCACCGAUCCUACACCGUCGCGUAAAUCCUUUCUUUCUCUCUCUCCCUCUCUCUCGUCCGUUUCUCUCGUUUCCUACAUUUACUUUCACGGUUUUCUCGCUCUCUCGCUCUCUCUCUCUCUCUCCCUCUCUCUCUUUCUCUCUCUAAUCGGACGAGUUUACCGCGUGAAAUAAUGAACCGCGUGACGCUCGUUGAUACGCAUUGGGAUAGCGUGAGAACCUCGACUAAGACACUAAAUAAAAUACUACGAGACACUUGUGUGUAAAAGCACGACAUAAAUAAAUGCUCAAGCGUUAUGUACAGUGAUCGUGUGUAUAUGUGUGUAUGUUUUUAAGUAAAAGCCGCUGAGAAACUUUCGUAUUUCGUGUGUCGACGCGCCCGAGUUCGAACCGCGCGCACG